AGCUUCGCCUCUGCUCCUUGGCUGCUCUGAAUCCUUCCCUUCGCAAUCCGAGUCUGUCCUUCUGUGUCUCAUUGCUGCAAACAUGGCUUCUUCCAGAGGUGGUGUCCAGAGCUUCACUCAGCUCGCGACCCAAUGCCCGCGGCCCCGCUUCCAGGCCGCGCAGCUUCGCAAGACUGCGAGGCCCAUGGGCACGCUGGCCACUUUCAAGAUCCCCAAGAUUGACAACGAGCCCAACAAACACUAUGCCAAGAACACCGUUGAGCGCCAGAAGCUCGCCGAGGCUCUGGAGAAGAUGAAGAAGCAAGGCCCGCUCGACAUCCCCGUCUUCAUUGGCGGCAAGGAGAUCAAGGCCUCCUCUACCCAGUCCCAGUUCAACCCCUCCUCGCACGCCGAUGCCGUCGCCAACUACUCCAAUGCCACCGGUGCCCAGGUUAUGUCUUCCAUCGAAUCUGCGCUGGAGGCGAAGCCGGCUUGGGAGAAGCUGCCCUUCGCUGACCGCGCCGCUGUCUUCCUGAAGGCCGCGGAUCUCAUUGCCACCAAGUACAGAUACGACAUCAUGGCGGCCACCAUGAUUGGUCAGGGCAAGAACGCCUGGCAGGCCGAGAUUGACGCCGCGGCCGAGCUGUGCGAUUUCCUGAGGUUCAACGUCAAGUACGCUGAGGAGACCUACGCGGAGCAGCCCGUCCACAACGCCCCUGGCGUCUGGAACCGUGUCGAGUACCGUGCCCUCGAGGGUUUCGUCUAUGCCGUCACUCCCUUCAACUUCACCGCCAUCGCCGGCAACCUCCCCUGCGCCCCUGCGCUGAUGGGUAACGUUGUCGUGUGGAAGCCUUCCCCGUCUGCCAUGCUCUCCAACUGGUUGAUGUACAAGAUCCUGCUUGAGGCUGGUCUUCCUCCCAACGUCAUCCAGUUCGUCCCUGGUGAUGCUCAGGAGGUCACCAAGAUUGUCCUUGGCCACCGCGAGUUCGCUGCCCUCCACUUCACCGGUAGCACUGCUGUCUUCCGCAGCCUCUACGGCCAGAUUGCCUCCGGUGUUGCCGAUGGCAAGUACCAGGGCUACCCCCGUAUUGUUGGCGAGACUGGUGGCAAGAACUUCCACCUUGUCCACCCCAGCGCCAACGUUGACAACGCCGUCAAGCAGACCGUCCGUGGUGCCUUUGAGUUCCAGGGUCAAAAGUGCAGCGCUACCUCCCGCCUGUACGUCCCCGCUUCGCUCUGGCCCGAGUUUAAGGAGGGUCUCGCCAGGGAAACCGCGGCGCUCAAGAUCGGCGAGCCUUCCGACUUCGCCAACUUCAUCGGUCCUGUCAUCCACGAGCCCUCUUUCAAGAAGCUUUCUGGCGUCAUCGACGAGGCCAAGAACGACAAGGAGCUGGAGCUGGUUGUCGGCGGCAAGCACGACGGCAGCAAGGGCUACUUCAUCCACCCGACUAUCUACCGCACGACCAACCCCGCCCACCCUCUCCUGUCUCGUGAGCUCUUCGGUCCUGUUCUCGUCGCCUACGUCUACGAUGACUCCGCGCCGGACGCAUUCGCCAAGAUCUGCAAGACCGUUGACACCACCACUGAGUAUGCUCUGACCGGUGCCAUCUUCGCCCAGGACAGGCAGGCCAUCCGCUUCGCCGAGGAGGCGCUGAGGACUUCUGCUGGUAACUUCUACGUCAACUGCAAGAGCACCGGUGCCGUCGUUGGCCAGCAGCCCUUCGGUGGCGCCAGGGCCAGCGGCACCAACGACAAGGCUGGCAGCGCCACCCUGCUCAGCCGCUUCGUCAGCAUGAGGGCGCUUAAGGAGGAGUUUGUCCCUAUCGAGAAGGUUGAAUACCCCAGCAACGAGAACUAAGAAAAGGCAAGUAGACGCCAUUUGAGAAGGAAUUGGUUUUAUGAAGACCGCAGUCAUUGUAGAUGACAGUCGUUUCAGAGCAUUGCGAUCUUUUGUAAGGGCGUUUACAAUGUAAAAACAGCCAUUUAGUACGUUUUACGAAUGAAAGACAUGUACGCAUCACGAGCCGAAUAAAUCUACAGCCAUGAGAUCCCGUCCGUCAGUCCACCCACCCUUGCGACCCCGACUAAACAUCGGGGUAG